AUGCUUCAUGGCACGUCCCAAUUAAUCAAAGUAAGAUCAAUUGACUACAAUAGUGUUGUAUCAAUGGGGGGAAUGAAGAUCGACCUCCAUGCUCUAGUGACAAUGGUUCCAAACACCAACCCCACAUCCGCAAAUAGGGCUAAAAAUACACAGAGAUCAGCCACACCUUGGCGAACUGAUUCCGAAGUGGCAGAAUUGCAUAAAAAAGGCUAUGCUUGCGUUGCAAGAACUCAGGACAUCGAGCUAGAUUUUGCCAAAGGUUUAGCCGCCCUCAAAGAUCAGCAAAAGUGA